CCUAUUAUCGAUAUGAACGGCACUAUAUUCGCUGUUUUGGCCGGCCGGCCAGAUGAUCCAACUUAUCUCGAAGCAGCCAACAAAAUGUUCAACGAAAUGGAGGCAGAAUCCAGCGCUACUAACAUCAAGGCAAAGUCGAAACAGCCUCAUCGCCGUGGACUGUUCACUGCUGUUAAUGUGGGGCUAUCAUACGGCAAGGGGCAGCCUGAACCCUCGAUGCUUAACAUCCAGGAUGAUUACCAGGACUUCAUUAGACGACUCAUUCUCCAGCCUUCAGUGCAGCGAAUUGCUGCUUUUGCUAGCGCAUCGUUCCAAUUGUGGGGCCCUCGAUUGUUUGCAUACUACAAAGACCAUCUAGACCGUCUCCAUCUACAGCUUGGAACAGCACCCUUAUUCUCACGAUCUAUCUUUCCCUGUGCCGCUUUCAACUUUGGCGGGAACGUAUGGACCUUUAAGCAUAAGGACGUGCUGAAUUGUCCCUUUGGAUGGUGUGCUAUUACUGCAUUAGGGAAUUUUGACCCAACGGCUGGUGCUCAUCUCAUCCUCUGGGAGCUGAAGAUGGUCAUUGAAUUUCCGCAUGCCGCUACUGUCUUCAUCCCUUCUGCGACAAUCACUCACUCUAAUACUUUGCCGGCUUCUGGGGAUCGACGGGUUUCGUUCACUCAAUUCUGCGCUGGAGGACUCCUUCGCUGGGUUGAUAAUGGUUUUCGUACGGAGGAGAUCUUAUAUCAAGAAAAUCUAGAAGCAUAUAGACAGAUGCAAGAGGCAAAAAACACCCGCUGGGAGCUAGGACUUAGCCUGUAUUCUUCUGUAGAUGAGCUUUUGUCGCCAGUGUCUGAAUAG